AUGUCCACCCACCUCUCCGCCCCCUCCUCCUCCGGCCUCGUUGCGACAACAAACAAUCGCAGCACGAACCGGUACUCGGUGCUGCAGUCCCUCAUCGCAGACCAGGAUACAGAUAUCGAGGAUGAAUUGGCAAGAGCCCAGAAACGCUUGCGAGACCUCAAAGCGCGCAUCUCGGCACAGUCGAAGAAGAACUUUGUGUUGGAGCGGGACGUGCGGUACCUCGACAGUCGGAUAGCGUUGCUCAUCCAGAAUCGAAUGGCGCUGGACAAGCGAGAAGAGGUCAAGGAGCACUUUCAGGACAUCGACAAGGGCGAUGAGAUCGAGAUGGACGAGCGGCGGCAGCAGCAAUACUCGAACCUCUUCAUCCUCCUCCAAUCCGAACCCCGACACAUCGCCUCCCUCUGCCGCCUCGUCUCGCUCAGCGAAAUUGACACGCUCCUCCAAACGGUCAUGUUCACGCUGUACGGGAAUCAGUACGAGUCGCGGGAAGAGCACCUGCUGUUGACGGUGUUCCAGUCUGUCCUCGCCGCCCAAUUCGAGACCGCAACCAAAUUUGGCUCUCUCCUCCGUGCCAACACGCCCGUCUCCCGCAUGAUGACCACUUACACGCGACGAGGACCUGGCCAGAGCUACCUCAAGAGCGUCCUGGCGGAGCGGAUCAACAGCUUGAUCGAGCACAAGGAUUUGAACCUCGAGAUCAACCCGCUCAAGCUGACGAGGGCGGGAGCGGGCACCGACAAGGCGCUCGCAUCGCUCGAGGUCGUUGUCGAUGAGCUCGACUCGCUAGCGGGUCUGGCUCCUCCCACGCCCAAACCGACCACUCCGACACGCCCUGCGACAAACACAAGGGUCAGCAAGGCGCCCAUCUCCGACAAAUUGUCCCCGAAGUCGACGUGCUCCGACGCGAAGGCCCCGCCCUCGGACCCUCCCCUGACCGCCAGGACGCUCGAAACCGUCCUUCAGACCGCCCUACUGCCCGUCUACGCCUGUCUCGACACCCUCGAGGCGUCACGAGCCGCCGCGGUGUUGCUGCCAACCCCGCCCUCAUCUCCCCCACAACCAGCCGCAGACAACGACGAGGUCGCCAACGCCUCCCAUCUCGUCCACCUGUAUGCUAAGCCCGACCUCACCGUCCUGAAGGUCCGCCAAGCCCUCCGGAUUCCCGUCACUAUCCCGAUACGACAGAUGAGAAAAGGCGACGUACUCAUUCACCUCCCGAACGCAAUCGCCGCAUCCUGCCUCCGACUUGCCUGCCUCGACGCCGGCUUCGCGCCCGCCACACCUAUCGCGCUGUUUGCAGCGGUAGUACAUGGUCUGCCAAUGACGGAGGAGGCCAAAGACCGGCUCAUCGAGACGGUGGAGGAACGGGUGAAAGAAGUCGGGGUCGUGCGCUCGGUUCGUCGGCUCCCGUCGAGGAGAGGAGGAGCGUUGUGCGGGUCUGCCGUUGUCGUCCUAUGGAACAACGAGGCUGUCAGCAGUCUCCUCAAUGACGAAGGACGGCUCUGCAUCGACACGGUGACGUCCGUGAGGUGUGAGAGGGCGAGAGGGAAGAAAGAGAUGACCCACGAGAAGGGAGCAGGACAGCCGGCGGGACGGACGGUGGACGGCGCGCAGGGGGCACAGAGCGAGACGAAGAGCACGCUGAAGGGAGCAGCGGGUGCUCAGGAGCUGAAGAAGCGAGGAGAAGGCGAAGAGGAGGAGGCCAAGGACGAGCCGGCUCGCGCGAAACUCGCUAAGUCCGGCGGCGGCAUGCUCGCAACUUCGCCCUCGCCCGACGGGAAUGGACGCAAAUCGCCCGUUACAACCACUACAACAGUCUCUACACCUGCGAACCCCUUCGAGCCAGUCCUGCCGCCCGAGCUCGCCAGCUUCUCCAUCGAGUGA